AAAUAAAAGCGUCAGUGUGAUACAGACGCCGGCAAGAUGGAGGACAAAAUGGCCAUGCAGAUGCUAACAGAUCAGAAAUUAAAGGAAAUGGAGGCGGAAAUGAACCGCUUUGAGCAAGAGAUUUUCACACCUGAUGGGAAAGGUGUGAUUGGUGCUCAUCGUAUGAUCAUAGGAGCCAACACUUACCAUAAGGUACAAGCUCGUAUCACAGGUCAUGAAGACACAGAGGAGUAUGAGGCUGCAGAUACACCACCCAGUACGGAUGCAAACAUACCUGCCUCAGUUUUAUCAGCACCACCACCUCCCCCUCCUUCUCUACUUGCAAGUAGCAAGCCAUCUGGAGAGGCCCCUACUAUAGCACCUCCCCCUCCCCCACCAUCACUGUCCUUUGUCCCUCCACAGAUUCGAAACUGGACACCCCCUCCUCCACCCCCCAGGCCCAUGCAUGGGAUGAACAGGCCAUAUAUGGGACCACGAAACUUUGGCCCCGGUCCAGGUCCAUAUCAUCCAGGGCCAUAUCAUGGCGGCCCUUAUAGUGGCCCACCACACCCUAUGGGAAUGAGUCCACAUAUGAUGCCACCUGGUGGCCCUAUGGGUCCUAUGGGCCCAAUGAUGCCAGAAUCGUCACAACAUGAAGCUGUUAUUGAGAAACCAAAGGUCGUGUAUUCAGCAGCCCCAGUGAGGCUACACCCAAAAACUGGAAAAAUAAAAAAGCCCAAAAUGACAGUCCCAGCUACAACCAAUGUUAUCGAACCUACUCCGGAGACACAAGUCAAGGAUAAAGUUGACAAGGGAGGGGCAAAUAUAGGCGGGACAAUUCCGACAGAUAUUGGGGCUUCUUCGUACACCACUGAGGAUGACUGUGACCUAAUGGAGGCGGAUGUUGAUGAUUCAGGAGUCGGUGGUAAAAAGUCAAAGAAAGAUAAAAAGAAAAAGUUCAUUCGGACAGCUGCUGGUGAUACAUGGGAAGAUCCAUCUUUGGAUGAAUGGGAAGCAGAUGAUUUCAGAAUAUUUUGUGGUGACCUUGGAAAUGAGGUCACAGAUGAAUGUCUGGCCCGUGCCUUCAGUAAAUAUCCUACCUUUCUGAAGGCUAAAGUUGUACGAGACAAGCGUUCCAACAAGACAAAGGGCUAUGGCUUUGUCAGCUUCACAGAUCCAACAGAUUUUGUCCGAGCAAUGAGAGAGAUGAAUGGUAAAUAUGUUGGUAACCGACCGAUCAAGCUGAGGAAAAGUGUGUGGAAAGAGAGAAACAUCGAAGUCGUGAGACGAAAGGACAAGGAAAAGAAACGACUUGGACUCAGAUGAAGGGGAAUUAUUUAAAAUUAUGUAAUAUGUGUUAUAUGUAAGUCAACAUCAUGAAGCAAAAUAUACGGUCCUCGAAGAAAUAUUCUGUGGAUUAUUAUUAACAUUCUAGAAUUCUAGAAGGUUGGAUUCCUUGUUCAAAGAAAGGAUGGAAGUGUUUGGACGUGACCCAGCAUUCCUAAGUAGGAUGGAGUUAUUGAUAAAAUGCUUAUUGGGAAGAUUUUAUAAUGACUUGCAUUGUAUGUGUUUUAGGGAUCAGGCUUUCCUGGUACAAUAAUCCAUUCAUAUAACUAUGGUGAUUGUAGUUUCUUGUUAAUUUCAAAAGGAAUAUAUCAGCUAGUGGUUGACCAAUGCGUCGAUUACAUACAACUGUAUAAAUUGUGUGAUGAAAAGUACUUUGUGUAUGACUGAGUAGUCUAUAUGGCCACACUGCCUAACAUGUAAUACUUACACUCAUUUUGGAGUUACCUCUUCAGAUAUUUGUAAAAAAAUCCAUGCAUAAAACUACAGUCGAGUUUA